AUGAGUUGCCCAAAGGAGGAGGAGCAGCAGCAGUCUUGCGGGUCGUGUGACGGACAUCGUCACGAUGGCGGCCCGGUGCCAGACAUGGAAGACUACAAAGUCGAACUCGAAAGCCUGCGCAAAAGGACCCAGGAACUCGAACUGAAGCUGUCCAAGGCUGGAAGCAGCACAACAACCAACGGCUCCAAAUCCCGGAAGCUGCGGUCUGAAAACUGGUUCAACUCUCCCGAAAACCCGGAGAUGAUGGCUCUGUACACAGACCGGUACCUCAACUAUGGCCUGACGACAUCGGAACUCAACACCGGCAAACCCAUCAUCGGCAUAGCUCAAUCUGGGAGUGACCUCGCCCCCUGUAACCGACACCAUCUCGAAUUGUCUAAACGGGUGCGGGAAGGCAUUCGCUCCGCUGGUGGCAUCGCUUUCGAAUUCCCCACGCAUCCGAUCCAGGAGUCGGCGAGACGGCCCACAGCGACUCUGGAUCGGAACCUGCUGUAUCUGGGGCUUGUCGAGAUCUUGCAUGCAUAUCCGUUGGACGGAGUGGUGCUUUUGACUGGCUGUGACAAGACGACCCCGGCAAUGCUCAUGGCCGCCGCUACUGUCAACAUUCCGGCCAUUUGUCUCAAUGUCGGUCCCAUGCUGAACGGGCGCCUCCACGGCUCGCAGGACAGAAUUGGCUCGGGGACGAUUUUAUGGAAAGCUAGGGAUUUGCAUGCUGCGGGGAAGAUUGACGAUGAUAUGAUGGUGGAGAUGAUCGCAGCUGGGACGCCCUCAGCAGGUCAUUGUAACACCAUGGGCACGGCAUCAACCAUGAAUGCUCUGGCCGAAGCACUUGGUAUGGCUCUACCAGGCUCUUCGGCGAUUCCAGCCCCGUAUCGUGAGCGUGCUCAAUGCGCGUACAGGACUGGUAAGCAGAUUGUGGAGAUGGUGCACGCCGAUCGCAAGCCAAGCGAUAUCAUGACGAGGGAAGCCUUUGAAAAUGCUAUUGUCGUGAACAGCGCCAUCGGAGGCAGCACCAAUGCCCCCAUCCACCUGAAUGCUGUGGCCAAGCAUAUUGGUGUCCCCCUGGAUUUGAAUGACUGGGAUAGGAUUGGGCUUGACAUCCCUUUGCUGGUGAACGUGCAACCGGCCGGCGAGAUGUUGUGCGAGGAGUAUUACAAAGCCGGCGGACUGCAAGCAGUCAUGGCCGAACUUCUGGAUCAAGGUAAACUCCAGCCAAAAGCGCUCAGCUGCAAUGGCAAGACCGUAAAGGAGAAUGUGGACGGCAGGCAUUCUUGGGACAGACGGACCAUCAAGCCCUACGGUGAGCCGCUGAAACAGCGAGCAGGCUUCCUCCACAUGACAGGUAAUCUCUUUGAUUCCGCCAUCAUGAAGACCUCCGUGAUUUCCGACGAUUUCCGGCGGGAGUUCUUGGAAGAUUCCAAGGACCCCAAUGCAUUCGAAUGUAAGGCUGUGGUGUUUGAUGGGCGAGAGGAUUUCAUCAGCCGCAUCGAUGAUCCUAAGACCCCAGUCGAUAAGAGGACGAUUUUGGUGAUGCGUGGCGCUGGCCCUCUUGGAUAUCCUGGUGCGGCGGAAGUAGUCAACAUGCAUGCUCCAGGCCACGUCUUGAAACAAGGCGUCACCUCUUUGCCGUGCAUUGGAGAUGGAAGGCAGUCGGGCACGUCGGGUUCGCCGUCCAUUCUGAAUGCCAGCCCUGAAGCCGCCGCAGGUGGUAACCUGGCACUGCUUAAGGAUGGAGAUGUCUUGAGGGUCGACUUGAAUAAGCGACGUGUCGAGAUCUUGAUCUCUGACGAUGAGCUGAAGAAGCGACGGCAGGACCUGGAGGCGAAGGGGGGAUAUCCGAUCCCAGAGUCUCAGACGCCCUGGCAGGAUAUCUUUCGCCGCGAGAUUGGACAGCUCAAUGAGGGGAUGAUCCUGCGGAAUGCUCCAAACUAUCAGCGCGUGGCGCAGAAAUGGCCUGCUCCUCUACAUAACCAUUGA